AUGGCGUCCAACCAAGCCAUGCCAAAGGUUACUCCCCUCCCCAACGGCCCCCGUCUCCCGACUGGAGGCGUCGGAGGCGGCAUGUCCACCUCCCAGACCAAAGAGGAGCUCCUCGCUGACCUCCGACGCCAGCUCGACGACUCGGUCUCCGACGUCGGCUCCUCCGUCGACUCCCGCGGCGGCCGUCGCCGCCGCAGACGCAACAACAAAGCUCUCGCCACCACCGGCGGGCUGAGCGCUCCGUAUACCUUGCCCCGGCUCGCGGACACCAAACCCGUGCGGCUGCAACUGGGCCUCAAUCUCGACGUCGAGCUUGAGCUGAAGGCUCGUCUGCAGGGAGAUGUCUCGCUGACUCUGCUAGUCGAGAAGAAGCAAACGCCCCGGCCGUCGACUGAGCUCAAGCCGGAUUCCAGCGGGGUUGUCGAGAAAGCCGAGUUGUUCUAUAUGCGUAUCGGGACGCUCAGGCUCCGGCAGCGAUGGAUUGAUCAGGAACUAAGCCAGUCCCUGACCGUGACGGUCGCUUUCGGGCUCUCUCUUGGGGGUUUUGUUGUUGGCUUUGUCACGUCGAGAUGGUUGGGCGCGGUUCCCUUGCCGUACUUGUCGUUUUGA